ACCCUUUUAUUUUGGUUACGGCACAUGGCAGCUCGAGCCCGUCCCGGUGGUACCACUGCGCACGCGGGCGGAGGUGGCAUUCAGGCACACCAUCGUUACAUCUGACAGAGCUGGAGGAGCCUAGGGCAGCGACGCCUUUACAGUCAUAGAGGUUUCUCUGGCUGUGUUUGUUCUCGUCUUGGAGACAUUUGUUGACAAGCUGAAGAACUUUCUGUCUCCUGGCUGAACAUCCAGUUGUCUACCGACAAACGCCAGAUUUAACAGGUGGAGAAAACAUCCGGUCUGAGGUUGUUGUCUAGAGCGUGUGUUGAUCUGACUACUAAAUGGCGCUAACGGUUAACCUGAUCGGCCCGUCUCCAUGGGGAUUCCGAAUUUUUGGAGGAAGGGACUUCAAGAGGGCCAUAACUAUCUCCAAGGUCAAUAUGGGCAGCAAGGCGGAGGACGCGGACCUUCAGGUUGGGGACAUAAUCUUGGAGAUCAAUGGGGAAAACACAGCCGACAUGCUGAAUGCUGAGGUCCAGAACAAAAUUAAGAACUCAAAGACCCAGCUGCAGCUGGUGGUGGAGAGACCUGAACCUUCCAGCCCUGGACAGACCAACGGGAUCAACACUCCUGAACAACUCACCGGGCGCUUCCAGGAGUCUGUGAUAGUGAGCCGAGAUGAGAACCAGAACUACAGAGAGUACACGAUCCCCAGCCCUACCUUCAUGUCUCCGAGAUCGCUCUCAUCCAUUUCUCCUGGCAGCCCCGCCGGGAAGGACCGGCUUACGCCGACUGUGAACAAGAGUUUGCAGCUGCGUUCGUGGUCCGUAGAGGAAAGAAACCAGCUGCCCAGACCGCUGUCUCAGGAGUUCUUCCCCCCAAACUUCAGACAUCACUCUGUGUCCAGCAGGACCCCAACUCCACCAGGACGCUACUCGCCUCACAGCCCCAUCGACCAGGACGUACCCAUGUCUCCCAGACGCAGUAGCUCCAGUUCUGACUUUGCCAUGCAGAAGUUCGACAGAGAUUCAGAGGUGUACAAGAUGAUCCAGGAGAACAAGGAGUCCCGCGCUGCUCCUCGUCAGUCCAAUGCCUUUAAAGCGUUACAAGAAGCUCUGGAGGCUGAUGAGAAAGAGGCAGCCUUGCAGUUUCCAGGGAAGCUUUCCCCCAACACCCCUAAACAGUCAUCUGGAGGAGUCAGCAAACACCACACCUGUGAGAAGUGUGGCAACAAAAUUCUCACAUGUGCGGUGCGCAUCAGGGAAGACACUUUCCUCCACCCAGAGUGCUACACCUGCUCAGAUUGUGGGCUCAACCUGAAGAUGAGAGGUCACUUUUGGGUCGGAGAUGUCAUGUAUUGUGAGAAGCAUGCCAAAGAGAGGUACCAGGGCCCAGAAACCUCCCUCCAAGCCACUGUGUCCCCCCGCCAAUGAGCCGGCCUCCUCUGGUUAAAGAGUGCUGUGGAAACAUCACCCCGUCUGACUUGGUUAUUGACUUUGGGAUGCUACAGCGGGGCAGACCUUUAGAUUCAUUUCCGAUCACAUUUAUUCAUAUUUGCUCUACUAUGAUAUACUUUCAUAUUAUUUUAUAAGAACGGGGGCUUUUUUGGUUUUUGUGGUGCAGCCUCUGCAGUACAUCAUGAUCAACAGGCCUGUUAACAGCAACAAUUAUCAGACAUCAAUGCCACCAACUCCAGGGAUGAAGAUCACCAUUUGAUUUUUCUGUUGACACAAAGGGACCAAUAUCUAACCAAGUCUGCAUGCCGUGUUAGCCAUGUUCUGCUGUGUGAGUGGAUAUGAGUGCAUGAUUGUAAAGGCAGAGGUGUGCAUGCCUUCCCAUUAUUUGGUUGAGUGUGUGUGUGUGCGUGCGUGUGUGUGUGAGUGAGAGUGUGUGCGCGUGAGUGUGUGUGUGUGCGCGUGAGUGUGUGUGUGUGAGUACCUGAGCAAGAAAGUAAAAGGAAGAUGGGAGCCAAGUGUUUGGAAACAAAAUGAGUUUUCUGCUAGAUCCAGACCAAAGACCAUCUGUUUGUGUUGUAAGAAUUUGGAGAAAAGAAAAAAAGAUGGGCUGUUUUGUAGAUUUUUGAGGGACUUGAUAUAUUUUCAGUAUGCAAAAGUUUUUUUUUGAUAUUCUUGUGAUGGAAAUGUUAAAAAUAUAUAUUAUAGAUCAUAUUGUGUGCACAGGACAGUAGGUGUCAGAUGAAUUUAUGAUGCUACACGUGUCCGGUUACAGCAAUACUCAGAGAUGAACCUAAUGUUCACAUUUUUUUUGGAAUAUAAUAAAAUUGCACAAGCUGAAGCUUAAUUUUGGUGUAGUUGAUGGUAUUUGGGACCAAUUCAGAUGUGUUUCAGUCUUUAAUUCAAUUAUUCCUUCAAAUCACAUCUUCACAGCUCAUAAGUACAAGCAGAUUAUAGUUACCUAAUUGACAUCUAUUUCUAUGAAUGGUAGUCACUCAUAAACCAGAAUUAAAUAGAAGAAAAGUGUUUAAUUGCAUUUUUAUGUACCAUUUUGGUUUUUCUUGUACUUUUCUUUUCCAUAAAACAUUCUCAAAGCAAAACUAA